UCCGGUCCCCCUCCUUAGGGCGUGGCCUCCCCGUGGUGGGGCGGGGCAGGGCUCCCCUCCAAUUCUCGCGAGGCUCCUUCCCAUUAGGUCUUUUCUGUGGCUUCCGUGGCUCCCGAGGCUCCACAAAACUGCCUAGUAAAGUUUUCCCACGCGGUGGUCUGCGGUUGGGGGCUUUAAAAUUCCGGAUGUAGACUCAAAGUUCGGGCUCUCAGUCCCGGAGGGCUGUUUUGCUCCCUUGUAUUUUCUUUUUUUUUUUUUUUUUUGCCCUAUCAAGUUGCAUCACUUAGGAAGAUGUUAAAUGGAAGAUUCUCCAUUCGCGCAGAAGAGGGCUCAGCCCCUCUCACCUAGUUUUUUGCACGCCGCUGUUCAGUUUGCAGCAGCAGGUGUUCUUUAUAACUUUGAGCAACAUUUUCUCCCUCGAUUUCCUGUGGGGCUGCUGAAAUCUACAAGACAAAUCGUGUGGGAGGUUCUUCUUUCACCUUCACGGGCUCGAUAUAAGUUCCAGCGGGACCCCGUUACCUCAACCGGUGCUCCAACCUCCCACAUACAGGACAACUCCUACGAAGGAGGAAGGGCUGGCUGAGCCUCUUUAGCCUCGGAGUGGCUGCGCUCCCACUCCUCUACCCACCAGCUUUGCAAUGAGGGCGACUGGCUGUCAGGGGGUUUAGAGCAACUAUGGAGCUCGGGCUUUUCUCAGCCAGGAGACUACUACUGCCUUCCCUCGUGGUCAGACUAGAAGCAGCUCCUGGCCUUUCCCGUCGGGAAAAUGAGCGGGUAGAAAUCAGGGAGCAUCUAGCUGAAUGGAAGCCAACUCCAGCGCGAGCGACUUUUUCUCUCAACCGCGGAGUCGAGGACGCGCCCCGCCUCCCGGCUGGUCUCUGUUAGAGACCCGGCUGCAGGCGCUCACAAUGCGGGUUCACCCCCUCGGGACUGGAGCCGGCGCGUUGCCAUGACAGCGGCCAGCGUGGAGCGCGCUGGGGCUGGCCGCCCCCAAGCGCGCACAGCCUCCCCCCGCGCGGAUCCCCCGUUGCUGAGUGCACCCCCCCGCCCCUGGCAGUGGGAAGGGGCCGGGCCAGCUUCCUGACGUCUGUGCGGGGCUCGGAAGAUGGCUGCGGAGCCGAGCACCGGGCAGUGGCUGCGGCGGCAGCGGCGGCAGGCGGGGAGCGCGGCGGGCAGGUGCUCCGCCUUGCGCGUGGGGCGCUGAGCUGAGAGGCGCGGAGGCGGUGAGGGCGCGCGAGAGGCUUGGGGGACCGCUUGGCACAGCCUCCCGGCCACCCGCUGCACCAUGGGCAGCGCCGAGGACGCAGUCAAAGAGAAACUGCUGUGGAACGUGAAAAAGGAGUGUUUUCUAAAAGAUGUAACUGCUUACCUUACAAGAUAUUUGGGAGCUUUACAUCCAGGUAAGAACCCAAACAUCAGGGUUUUACCUGGACAGAAAUAAAGCUGAGCUUGCGAGCAUGUGCAGAGUGUCCUGAGGCCUGGAUGGACCUACCCCUAACCUCAGAGAAGGGGAAGAAAAGGAGGUUGUUUAUCUGCAGCCCGUACUGAGACAGUUUGUCCUAAAGGACAGUGUAUCUGCCCAGAAGCCCUUCUCCAGCUAAGUAUAGAUGAGCAAACAGCAUCCUGGCCCUGUUCUCCACAGCAGGACUCUUCUGGGCUGAAGCCUCUGCUUGGUUGGUCAGCUGAUUGGUUGGUGAAGCAAAUCAUGGAGGAGGCUGUCACCAGGAAGUUUGUGCAUGAAGAUAGCAGCCACAUCAUUGCUCUGUGUGGCGCAGUGGAGGCUUGCCUCCUGCAUCAGCUGAGACGCCGUGCUGCUGGCUUCCUGCGCAGUGACAAGAUGGCAGCCCUGUUCACCAAGGUGGGGAAGACAUGCGUAGUGGCUGGGGAGAUUUGCCACAAAGUACAGGAGCUGCAGCAACAAGUAGAGGGCAGGAAACCUUUGGUGGGCAACCAGGAGGCCCUGCGAAGACAGGGCUCUGCCAGUGGGAAGGCCCCAGCCCUCAGCCCGCAGGCCUUGAAACACAUAUGGGUACGCACAGCUCUCAUGGAGAAGGUGCUGGACAGGGUCGUGCAGUACUUGGUGGAGAACUGCAGCAAGUACUACGAGAAGGAGGCAUUACUGGCAGACCCUGUGUUUGGCCCCAUCUUGGCCUCUCUUCUAGUGGGACCCUGUGCCUUGGAGUAUACCAAGCUCAAGACAGCUGAUCACUACUGGACCGACCCCUCUGCUGAUGAGUUGGUCCAGAGGCACCGCAUCCGGGGUCCCCCUAAUCGCCAGGACUCCCCUGCAAAGCGCCCAGCCCUAGGAAUCCGGAAGCGGCACUCCAGUGGCAGCACAUCAGAAGACAGACUAGCUGCCUGCGCCCGUGAGUACGUGGAGUCCCUGCACCAGAACUCAAGGACGCGGCUGCUCUAUGGGAAGAACAACGUGCUGGUGCAGCCGAAGGAGGACAUGGAGGCUGUCCCUGGCUACCUUUCCCUGCACCAGUCUGCAGAGAGCCUAACUCUGAAGUGGACACCCAACCAGCUCAUGAACGGGACUCUGGGGGACUCUGAGCUGGAAAAGAGUGUUUACUGGGACUAUGCCCUGGUUGUGCCCUUCAGUCAGAUCGUCUGCAUCCACUGCCACCAGCAAAAGAGUGGUGGCACACUUGUGCUGGUGAACCAAGAUGGCAUCCAGAGGCCACCGCUGCACUUCCCGCAGGGAGGACACCUGCUGUCCUUUCUGUCCUGCCUGGAGAAUGGGCUUUUGCCUCAAGGACAGCUAGAGCCCCCGCUGUGGACUCAACAGGGGAAGGGGAAGGUGUUCCCCAAGCUACGGAAACGCAGCAGCAUGCGAUCUGUGGACGUGGAAGAGAUGGGCACAGGGUGGGCCACAGACUACGUGUUCCGGAUCAUUUACCCUGGGCACAGGCAUGAGCACAGACCACUUCCCUGGAGGGCAAGCCGGGGCACCAAGGAGCUGAAACCCAGUGGGGUGACUCAAGCUCCUCGAGAGCAGCUCUGGGAAACCCUUGGAGGAGAAGUCACUAUUAACUACCACCACUUAGCGGCCAGCCGCGCGGCCUCGGUGGACGAUGAUGAGGAAGAGGAAGAUAAACUGCACGCGAUGCUCUCAAUGAUCUGCUCGCGGAACCUCACAGCUCCCAAUCCGAUGAAAGAUGCUGGCGACCUGAUUGAGAUGCAGGGCUUUGGGCCUGGCCUGCCAGCCUGGCACCUGGAGCCCCUGUGUAGCCAGGGCUCCUCCUGCCUCUCCUGCUCCACCAGCAGCUCCCCAUAUGCAACUCCCAGCCAUUGCAACUGUGUCCCUGACCGGUUGCCCCUCAGGCUACUGUGUGAGAGCAUGAAGAGGCAGAUCGUGUCCCGGGCCUUUUACGGCUGGCUGGCAUACUGCCGCCACCUGGCCACCGUGCGGACCCACCUGUCAGCGCUGGUGCAUCACAACAUCAUCCCGCCCGGGCGGCCCCCAGGGGCCUCAGGGGGUCUCACCAAGGAUAUGUGGAGCAAGUAUCAGAAGGACGAAAAGAACUAUAAGGAGCUGGAGCUGCUGCGGCAAGUUUACUAUGGAGGUGUGGAGCACGAGAUCCGCAAGGAUGUCUGGCCUUUUCUGCUUGGCCACUAUAAGUUUGGCAUGAGCAAGAAGGAGAUGGAGCAGGUGGAUGCAGUGGUGGCAGCGAGGUACCAGCGAGUGUUGACAGAGUGGAAGGCCUGCGAGUUGGUGGUGAGGCAGCGGGAACAGGAGGCUCACCCAGCCACACUCACCAAGUUCUCCUCGGGCAGCAGCAUCGACAGCCACGUGCAGCGCCUCAUCCACCGAGAUUCCACCAUAAGCAAUGAUGUGUUUAUUUCUGUGGAUGACCUGGAGCCCCCAAGGCCCCCGGGCACUGAAGAUUCCAGACCGGAGCCCAAGCAAGAACCAGGAGCAGGGCUUCCAGGCACCGCCAUGGUGGAACAGCAGCAGUCAGUAGAGUUUGACUCUCCAGACUCAGGACUGCCGUCCUCUCGCAAUUACUCUGUGACCUCGGGCAUCCAGUCGAGCAUAGAUGAGGGACCCAGCGUGGGCUUCGAGGAAGAGGAUGGCGGUGGGGAGGAAGGCUCUGAUGGGCCAGUCCCUGCAGUCCACACUUUUUCUGAGCCCCAAGAUCCCAGCCAGGAGAAGGCCUCGCAGGCCAACGAGCUGGAGGCAAGGGAAGAUCUUGUGGCUGUGUGCGCUGCUGCCUACACUCUCACCCCUGAGGGCCCUCCACUCUUUCAGAUAGAGCUACUGGACACUGUGGCCUUAAAUCUGCACCGCAUAGACAAGGAUGUGCAGCGAUGUGACCGCAACUACUGGUACUUCACACCCCCCAACCUCGAGAGGCUCAGAGACAUCAUGUGCAGCUACGUGUGGGAACACCUGGAUGUGGGCUAUGUGCAGGGCAUGUGCGACCUGCUGGCACCUCUCCUGGUCAUCCUUGACAAUGAUCAGCUGGCCUACAGCUGUUUCAGCCACCUCAUGAAGAGGAUGAGCCAGAACUUCCCCAAUGGGGGCGCCAUGGAUACCCACUUUGCUAACAUGCGCUCCCUCAUCCAGAUCCUGGACUCAGAGCUGUUUGAAUUAAUGCAUCAGAAUGGAGACUACACCCACUUCUACUUCUGUUACCGCUGGUUCCUGCUGGAUUUUAAGAGAGAGCUGCUGUAUGAGGAUGUGUUUGCUGUGUGGGAGGUGAUCUGGGCGGCUCGGCACAUCUCAUCAGAGCACUUUGUCCUGUUCAUUGCCCUGGCCCUGGUGGAGGCCUACCGUGAGAUUAUCCGUGACAACAACAUGGACUUCACUGACAUCAUCAAGUUCUUCAAUGCAUCCCCACAGUUACUCAUGUUUCCCCCAGAACGGGCUGAGCGUCACGAUGCCCAGGAGAUCCUGCGGAUUGCCCGGGACCUCGUUCACAAGGUGCAGAUGCUCAUAGAGAACAAGUGAGGGCUGUGUCCAGGAGGCAGCAGCCAGCCAGAGCCUGGGUUCCGGAUCCCUGGGCCCCCGCAGGGAGUGGUGCAGGGGCGGUGCAGCAGAGACUGCCCCAACCCCUAGCUGACCCUGCCUGCCCAACUGUGUUCCUAACAAAGUGCUUGUGAGCCUGGGAUCCGACUCUGGGCAGUGCUGGCCCUGCAGGGCAAGUCAGGGACCAGGGUGCCCUCAGGUCAGGGCUGGGAUGUGAAGGGCUGGCCUCAGGGAGCAGCUGCCUUGGAGAACCACCUACUCUGCUUCCCUCUCAAACACCUGAGAAUAGCCCCGUAGCCAUCUGUGGCCUCAGCUUGGACUGCUCCCCGUGCCCUCUCUCAGCUCAGCCUGGGACCCUGUAGAGUUUAUCAGGCCUGUAGUUGCCUGGGCCACAUCUGAUGAGGGUCAUAUGGGACAAGAGGACUCUGCGCUAUACUUCUUCUGAGAGUUCCUUUGCAGGCCCAACAAAUAAGCACUCACCAACCUCAGUUGGGGCAGACAGAACAGCUGCCAGUUUGGGUGGGUUUCCUGUGCACAGGAGACCUGGGCUACCUUCUGGGCCUUCCUCUGAGGCUGUGGGGCAGUCAGAAAUUGGGCCCUGGGUAGGGGUAGUCCACCUCAGCAGCACUGCCACUGCCUUUGGCCGCCUGAGGUGACCACAUGCAUUCUUCUAGCCCGUACUGUGCACCUAUGUAUAUCUGUAGAAUCUCACUCUGCCCCCCUGCUCUUGCUUUAUGCAUUAGAUGUAUUCCUGAAAAUUAUGUAUAAAUGCCGCUUUGCCAGCUGGAGGAUCUGGAAUGUAGUGGGAGCACUUCCUCUCAAGAGGAAUCCCAGGGUGAUUCUUUCAAGAGGUGAUCCUGUCACAGCCUCCUCUCAAAGGUGGCCCUGGAGCUUGGGGGCAGCCCAUCUUCUAUCCCAGACGCCUGCUGAGUCCCUGAGGGUAGGAGCAGGGGUGGCGCCUGAGUCUCUCCUGUUUGUCCCUGGUGAGAAGCAAGGCUAGCUCUGGCUUCCACAUGCUUCUCGGGAUGUCAAGAGGCCUAGGGACUCAGAAACCCCCUUGGAAGAGCCUCACUCAUGGGGGGUACUAGGAAGGGCCUAGUUCCUGACCCCAGGCCUGGGCAUGCUGCUUGUUCUGUCAUCCCUACCCCCAUGCCCCAACACAUGCAGGCUAGGCCUUGCUCCGGGGGCUAGGAUGCCACUGCCACAGGGGCUGGGGCCUGCCCAGCAGUCGCUAAGGUCUGAAGACUUCCUGCAUUUGAGAAACAUGAAAAAGGGUACAGCAGCCCUUUUGCAUCCAGCACAAACCUCCCAAGCCCACUCCUGCCCUGGGCACUGCACGGCCUGUUUGGGGGUCCAGCCUGCCCCAUUGCCCACCCUUGUUGUCCAUGAGUCCUUGGCUUCCACCAAGCACGGUGGCCACUGUGUGUCUGCCUUAGUGACUCAGUGGUAUUGUGAGGAGCAGAGUGUGUAUGUUUUUUUGGCUCAGAAACUAUACUCUUCAGUGUAACAGAUCAAUAAACACAGAAUUUGGCAGUG